GACGGUCCGCUUCGCCGCCACCGGCAGCUGCUACGAGGCUGAAGCCAGUUUGGGCUGCUCUUCUGGAGGUGCUGGUUCUUCACUUCUAAGGUAUCACCGAGAGCUCAGUACCAAGGCUGAACUGUACCAUUUAGAAGAAUGGAAGCUAAUCCAUCUGUUGACAUGUUUUCAAAAGUCCUGGAGAAUCAGUUGCUUCAGACUACCAAACUAGUGGAAGAACAUUUGGAUUCUGAAAUUCAGAAACUGGAUCAGAUGGACGAGGAUGAACUGGAACGCCUCAAAGAAAAGAGACUUGAGGCGCUAAGGAAAGCUCAACAGCAGAAACAAGAAUGGCUUUCAAAAGGACAUGGAGAAUACAGAGAAAUCCCUAGUGAGAGAGACUUUUUUCAAGAAGUUAAGGAGAGUAAAAAAGUGGUUUGCCAUUUCUACAGAGACUCCACAUUCAGGUGUAAAAUACUGGACAGACAUUUGGUGAUACUGUCCAAGAAACAUCUUGAGACCAAAUUUUUGAAGCUGAAUGUGGAAAAAGCACCUUUCCUUUGUGAGAGACUGCGUAUCAAAGUCAUUCCUACACUAGCACUGGUAAAAGAUGGAAAAACACAAGAUUAUGUUGUUGGAUUUACUGACUUAGGAAAUACAGAUGACUUCACCACAGAAACUUUAGAAUGGAGGCUCGGUUGUUCUGAUAUUCUUAAUUACAGUGGAAAUUUAAUGGAGCCACCAUUUCAGAGCCAAAAGAAAUUUGCAACAAACUUCACAAAGCUGGAAAAGAAAACUAUCCGAGGAAAGAAAUAUGAUUCAGACUCGGAUGAUGAUUAGAGAUCAGUUAUAAUUCUUUGUUAAUUGUCUUCUUAUUUCUCCUUAUUUCAGAAUUUGAUGUGUUUUCUAAAUUCUGUUGAUUUUGAUACAUUGGUCAUCUAAUGGUCACAUUCUAGAGUUUUAUACUGUUGUAGCACAUUGAAAGACAUCUUUAAUACUUUCUGUGUGGAGCUCCUGUUUAAGUUGAGGAAAACAUCUGAAUUCUUAAAUUAUCUGGGAAGGAUCUGGAUUCUCUAUUUUUGAGAUUGAUUUUAUCACAAUAUGAUUCUUACGUCUUUAUACCAUUCACAAUUGUGUUUUUAAUCUACUGAAUUGGAAAUAGAAAUUCAGCAAACUAUUCCAGGACUAAUUCUUACGCAGCAUUAUUUACUUUAUACACCAGCUGUAACCAACUGCACUUGUAAAUGAAUUAUAAACACUCUUCACCUCUGAAAUAUAUUUAAAUAGCUAUUAAAGAACUGCUUAUUUAUUCUGUA